CGGGAACAUUCCAGGUUUGAUUUUAACAUGCCAGGCACGCUGUUAAAUACUUUUGAGUAGGUACCCCACGGCAAUCCCCACUCCUCCCCUCUCCGCAUCUUCAAAUCGAUGAAGUCACAUUAAACUUCCCUGAGUGCCAACUAUACAAAAUUUAAAUAAACAAAAAUACCACUUGUCAAGAUGACGAACUUCACAAUCAAGAUCGUUUCGGACACCGUGUGUCCCUGGUGUUACAUCGGCAAGAAGAGGCUCGACAAGGCCAUUGAGCUGUACCGGAAGGUCUACCCGGGCGGCCGGGACGACACCUUCACCGUGUCCUGGCACCCGUUCUACCUGGACCCGACGUCGCCCAAGAAGGGCAUCCCCAUGAUGGAGCGACUCGUGGACCGCUUCGGGCCCGAGCGGGUCCCCGCCAUGCAGGAGCGACUGACGAGCAUGGGCCGGCAGGAGGGCAUCGAGUUCAGCUUCGCGGGCAAGCUCGGGAACACGCGGGACUCGCACCGCCUGAUCCAGCUGGGCAAAACCAAGGGAGAGGUGGUGGAGAGCCGGGUGGUGCUGGAGCUGUUCCGGGACUAUUUUGAGGGCACGGGCGACAUCACGAGCCACGAGACGCUGGUUGGGGUUGGCGUGAAGGCCGGGCUGGACGGGGAGGAGGUGAAGGACUGGUUGGAGACGGGGAAGGGUGGCGAGGAGGUCGAUGCCGAGGUGCAGCAGGCGGUUCGCAAGAAUAUCCAUGGGGUGCCAAACUUUACCAUCCAAGACAAGUACGAGAUCAACGGCGCCCAGGAUCCACAGGAUUUUGUCGAGGUGUUCACCAAGAUCAAGGAGCGGGAGGAGGCCUAGGCUGCGCCGGCAGAAUGUAUUGUACUGCACAAUACAUAUACACAAUACGAUAUUCGGCAGAGAUCAGUGCAACGACGUCUAGCAAGCCCGCACCCCAUUUCUAGCCUGUCGCUUCGAGAUAUUAGAAUGCGGAAGACUCGGAAAUCUGUGCAACCUAAUCCGGCGUUAUCAAAAAAUUUCGCGGUUUUCAGUUAGGUAUCGGGGGGCUCAUCAGGUGGGUCGGGCAUCGUGGCGGGUAGCUUACCUAAGCGAUCAGGGCCUUCGUGGAA